AUGAAGUGGUCGGUCGUGCUGCUGGCCCUCGGGCUGGCCUCGCUGGCAGACGCCUUCUUCUUUCCGUUCUUCAACAAGGGCAAAGGAGGAGGACAGUCCCACAAGCACGGCUACCCAGGGGGGGUACUGGAGGGCACGGCGGCGGCGGCAGCAGCGGAGGAGGAGGAGGAGGGUAUCCUGGUGGCACCGGAGGACAUGGUGGCGGAGGAAAGGGGCCUGGAGGUCAAGGAGGGGGAGGAGGAGGAUAUCCUGGUGGCGCUGGAGGACAGGGCGGUGGAGGAACAGGAACCGGAGGUCUCGGCAGUGGAGGAGGAGGAGGAGGAUAUCCCGGUGGAACGGGAAGCACUGGAGGAGGCCAGCGCCCCGCCGCCGGUCUCGUACCUGCCGCCCGAGCAGGGCCGCUACGGCCAGGGCCAGGCCUCCGACAAGGUGCCCACCUACGUGCAGCCGGGGCCGCAGGUGGCGCUGCAGGCGGCCGCCAGCGGGCCGGAGCCGGUGGCGGGCAGCAGCCGGGUCAAGUCGACCACCUCGCUGCCUGAGCGACUGCGCCAGCUCGGCCUGCUGCGCUUCAUGGCGCUGGUGGAGCGCGCCGGCCUGGAGAAGCUGCUGCUCUCGCGAGGAGGGUUCACCGUGUUCGCCUUCACGGACGAGGCCUGGGCCAUGCUGCCAUACAACCUGCGCGCUCAGCUGACGGCCGACCCGGAGCGGCUGCGCCGGCUGCUGCUGCACCACAUCACGCCCGUGGCGCUCAAGCUGGCCAGCUUCAACGACAACAUGGUGGUGAAGAGCGCCAGUCCCAGCGGCGCCACGCUGCGCAUCAACAUCUACCAGAUGAGCCGCUACAGCAAGCGCGUGGUGACCGUGAACGGGGCGCAGGUGCUGCGCAGCGACGCCAGCGCCUCCAGCGGCGUGGUGCACGUAAUCGACAGGGCACUGGUGGCCGAAGCCAGCGUGAAUGCGCUGGAGUACGUCACGACGCGGGAGUGCGCCGACCUCGACUUCGGCGGCAUCGCCAGCAUAGUGGCGAGGCUGGGGGUGACUGAGCUGCUGAGCCAGGAGGCGCCGCUGACGCUGUUCCUGCCCAUCUCGGCGGCCUUCAGCGACACGGAGAAUGUGUCCGAGGACUUCAGCAACAGCUCCAUCGUCAUGCAGAACUCUCUGCUGUACCACCUGGUGCCGGGCGCGUUCUACAGCGCCGGCGUGCGCGACGGCCAGUGGCUGGAGACGCUGCUCGACGGGCAGGAGCUGCAGCUGCAGGUCGUCACCGACGGCUACACGCGCCGCAUCUCCACCGUCAGCAAGCAGGCGCAGGUGAUUCGCGCCGACAUCCCCGUCGCCAACGGCGUGAUCCACAUCAUCGACUUCGUGCUGCGGCCGGAGCGUAACCUGCAGCGGUGCGACGCGCGCUGAGGGGCGGCGUGCCCGGCCGACCAGCGGGGUCCAGCUGCCGACCCUC